UGACGCGUCGUUGGCUUGCUCAGGCUGUGUUCCUACGUGUCAAUCCUUUUCUUCCCCCUUCUAGGCGGUGAACGGGACGCAGACACGGACCAUGGCACCGAAAGGCAACAGCAAACAGCAGUCUGAGGAGGACCUUCUCCUGCAGGACUUCAGCAGGAACCUCUCCACCAAGUCCUCAGCCCUGUUCUACGGCAAUGCGCUCAUCGUGUCUGCCAUUCCCAUUUGGCUGUUCUGGAGGAUCUGGCACAUGGACCUUGUUCAGUCUGCGGUUCUUUAUGUCGUGAUGACUCUGGUCAGCACCUAUCUGGUGGCCUUCGCCUACAAGAACGUCAAGUUCGUCCUCAAACACAAAGUUGCCCAGAAACGUGAAGAUGCCGUUUCUAAGGAAGUAACAAGGAAGCUGUCUGAGGCAGACAACCGCAGGAUGUCCCGCAAGGAAAAAGAUGAGAGGAUCCUGUGGAAGAAGAAUGAGGUUGCUGAUUACGAGGCCACCACAUUUUCGAUCUUCUACAAUAACACCCUCUUUUUGGUCCUUGUCAUCAUAGCUUCCUUUUUCCUGCUGAAGAACUUCAACCCCACUGUCAACUAUAUUCUAUCCAUCAGUGCCUCCUCUGGCCUCAUUGCUCUACUGUCUACCGGCUCCAAGUAAAGUCGGACAGGAAGAAAAAGGAAUGUGGUUGUUGGGGUCGAGGGGAUGGAUAGAGGGGCAGGGUUAAGUGAGGGUUUUUUAUAAAUGCGUCAUUAAAACGAGGCAUAUGGUUUGGGUGGGAUGUAGAUGUUUUGCAUUUCAGCCUCAUGAAAUUCAUGAUCAAAUGUCUGUUGUUUGUUUUUGUACAAAUAAUAAAAGUGGCCAGGUAUGACCCUCAUUUA